GAACCAUGGAAGAAUACGUUAAAUAUUUGUAGAGAUGGGCGUUUAACGAUUUAUCUACCAAGUUUCCUUUUAUAGAAAUAAUUAUAUAGUAAUGAAGUUGCCGAACCCAACCCGAUAUCGAUGCGGCAAUGCUACUAUGUUAAAACCACCAACCCCUACAAAACACGUUCUCUUGCAUCUUUAUUCUCACGCAUCUUCAUCAAUUAAUUCUCUUCUCUUCUUUCGGUGAUUCUUAUUCAUCUUCUUCUUCUUCUUUCAGGACAUGUUAGUUAAGUAGGUGUAUGCUAUAAAUUCCGCAACCUACCUCCCAAGGUUCUUUUUCUAAUUCAAUAAUACAGUCACUUCAUGCUUCCUUCACUCUCAAUUUGUGCUUUUUGCUUCACAGUUUUCGUCACCGAAUGAGAAUUCUCAAUUGCGUCUAUUAGAUUUUUGCGCCAUGAAUGCAUGAGGAACAAUCUCAACUAUUUCAUUUGUUGGUGAAAGAGAGGCUGGCCUUGCGCCAUGGCUUCCCUUCAACUCUUCCAGCUAACUCAGAAGGGCCAGAAUUUUGCAGCUUCAAGGAGAAAAACUUUGCUACUUGCAACUGGUAUCUUUAUUGCUGGUGGAACUGCUGUGUAUGUGCAAUCGCGGUUUAGAGUUAAUAAACAUGUUGCCUUAGGCCAUUCCAAUGAUCAUAACAAGGAUAAAGAAGACCUCACAAAGGAGGAGGCUGCAAAGGGAAUUACUACAUCACAAAAUAAACAAAAGAAAGGAGGGUUGAAGUCACUUCAAGUCCUUGCUGCAAUUCUUCUAUCUGACAUAGGCCAAUUAGGUGCAAGGAACCUUUUAGCUUUAGUUGCCAUAGUGGUACUGCGGACCACUUUGAGCAACAGGCUAGCAAAAGUGCAAGGCUUUCUAUUUCGUGCUGCUUUUCUGCAACGUGUACCUUUGUUUCUUCGGCUAAUUUCAGAAAAUAUUCUUUUGUGUUUCCUAUUAUCAACUAUCCACUCUACAUCAAAGUACAUUACUGGGACUUUGAGUCUGCAAUUCAGAAAAAUAUUGACUAAAAUUAUUCAUUCUCACUAUUUUGAGAACAUGGUGUACUACAAAAUAUCACAUUGUGAUGGUCGGAUAACUAACCCAGAGCAAAGAAUUGCCAGCGAUGUGCCAAGGUUCUGCUCAGAAUUAAGUGAAAUUGUUCGGGAUGAUUUAACUGCACUAACUGAUGGACUGCUAUACACUUGGCGGCUGUGUUCAUAUGCAAGUCCAAAAUAUGUCUUCUGGAUAUUGGGCUAUGUACUUGUAGCUGGGACCACAAUCAGAAAAUUGUCUCCUCCAUUUGGUAAACUAAUCUCCAGAGAGCAGCAAUUGGAAGGAGACUAUCGACAGCUUCACUCGCGAUUGAGGACUCACUCGGAAAGUAUAGCAUUUUAUGGUGGAGAGAUGAGAGAAGAAGCCCAUAUUCAGCAGAAGUUUAGGACCUUAGUUAGGCAUUUGAGUAGUGUCCUACAUGACCAUUGGUGGUUUGGCAUGAUUCAGGACUUUUUAUUGAAGUACCUUGGUGCUACAGUUGCUGUUAUUCUGAUAAUUGAGCCUUUCUUUUCUGGCCAUCUAAGGUCUGACAGUUCAACUUUAGGGCGUGCAGAGAUGCUAAGCAAUCUAAGAUAUCAUACUAGUGUUAUUGUUUCCCUAUUUCAGUCACUUGGAACUCUUUUUAUUAGUGCAAGACGGCUCAAUCGACUCAGUGGUUAUGCUGAUCGCAUUCAUGAGUUAAUGGCUGUAUCAAGGGAGCUAAGCCUGGAGAAUGAGAAAUCUUCACUCCAAAGACGAGGAAGUAGAAGUUUCAUAAGUGAAGCUAACUACAUUGAAUUCUCUGGUGUCAAGGUUGUAACUCCCACUGGUAAUGUCUUAGUGGAUGACUUGACUCUUAGGGUUGAGUCAGGAUCGAAUCUAUUGAUUACAGGUCCAAAUGGCAGUGGAAAAAGCUCGCUAUUCCGGGUUUUAGGCGGUCUUUGGCCAUUGGUAUCUGGACAUAUUGUGAAACCUGGCAUUGGCUCUGAUCUUAAUAAGGAAAUCUUUUAUGUGCCACAAAGGCCAUACACUGCUGUAGGAACACUUCGUGAUCAGUUAAUUUACCCACUCACUGCAGGUCAAGAGGUUGAAUCGCUUACAGAUAAUGGGAUGGUGGAGCUAUUAAAAAAUGUUGAUCUUGAGUAUCUUUUGGACCGUUACCCCCCUGAAAAAGAGGUAAACUGGGGUGAUGAGCUUUCUUUGGGUGAGCAACAAAGAUUGGGCAUGGCUAGGCUUUUCUACCAUAAGCCUAAAUUUGCAAUUCUGGAUGAAUGCACGAGUGCUGUCACAACUGACAUGGAAGAACGGUUUUGUACUAAAGUUCGGGCCAUGGGAACAUCAUGCAUUACCAUAUCACAUCGUCCAGCAUUAGUUGCAUUCCAUGAUGUAGUUUUAUCCUUAGAUGGUGAGGGAGGCUGGAGUGUUCGUUAUAGAAGGGAGGACUCUUCUUCUGAAUUGGGGAUUGAUACAAUGAAGGCAUCUCAGACAAAGCGACAGCGUGAUGCAGAGACAGUUCAAGAAGCAUUUGCCACGAACAAAAAGGGUUCUGCAUUCUCAAAGUCAAGGAUACAAUCAUAUAUCACAGAAGUGAUAUCAUCAUCUACAUCCAUGAAUCCUACUAUUUCACCAUCUGCUGUUCCCCAAAUUAAAAGUAAUUUAAGGCCAUUGCCACUAAGAGUAGCUGCCAUGAGCAAAGUAUUGGUGCCCACCAUAUUUGAUAAACAAGGAGCACAACUACUUGCUGUUGCUUUCCUUGUUGUUUCAAGAACAUGGAUCUCAGAUCGUAUUGCAUCAUUGAACGGUACUACUGUGAAGUUUGUGUUGGAGCAGGAUAAAGCCGCCUUUAUUCGACUGAUCAGUACAAGUGUUCUCCAAAGUGCUGCAUCUUCAUUCAUUGCACCUUCUAUAAAACACUUGACUGCCAGGCUGGCCCUUGGAUGGCGAAUUCGUUUGACGAGACAUUUACUUAAGAACUACUUGAGAAAAAAUGCAUUCUACAAGGUCUUCCACAUGGCAAGCAAAAAAAUCGAUGCAGAUCAGAGGAUAACUCAUGACUUGGAUAAAUUAACAAGAGAUUUGUCAGGACUGGUCACUGGAAUGGUAAAGCCAUCUGUGGAUAUUUUGUGGUUCACUUGGAGAAUGAAGCUGUUAACAGGUCAGAGAGGUGUUGGCAUACUCUAUGCUUACAUGUUACUUGGUCUGGGGUUUCUAAGAAUUUUUACUCCAGAUUUCGGUGAUUUGAUAAGUCAACAACAACAACUCGAAGGAACAUUUAGGUUCAUGCAUGAAAGACUUUGUACACAUGCUGAAUCUGUUGCUUUUUUCGGAGGUGGAGCUCGAGAAAAAGCCAUGGUUGAAUCUAGAUUCAGAGAGCUUCUUGCGCACUCCAAUUAUCUUCUAAAAAAGAAGUGGCUGUUUGGUAUAUUAGAUGAUUAUAUCACAAAACAACUUCCUCAUAAUGUCACUUGGGGCCUGAGCUUGUUGUAUGCCAUGGAACACAAGGGCGAUCGAGCAUCUAUUAGCACCCAGGGUGAGCUGGCACAUGCAUUGAGGUUUUUGGCAUCUGUUGUUUCUCAAAGCUUUCUAGCUUUUGGUGAUAUUCUUGAAUUGCAUAGAAAGUUUGUAGAGCUAUCUGGGGGAAUUAAUCGGAUUUUUGAGCUUGACGAAUUUCUGGAUGCAGCAGAAUCUGAAAAUUUCACAAGUGGUGUUAUAUCUCCAGUGAGGAGGGAUAUUCAUUCCACAGAUGUAAUUUCCUUCUCGAAGGUUGAUAUUGUAACCCCUGCUCAAAAGAUGUUGGCCAGGGAACUAGAAUGUCGCAUUGAGCGUGGGGGAAGCCUACUCGUUACUGGACCAAAUGGAAGUGGGAAAAGUUCCAUUUUCAGAGUCCUUAGAGGACUCUGGCCACUUGGAAGUGGAAGACUCUCUAGACCAUCUGAAGACGGGGAUCCAGAGGCUGGAUCAGGUUGUGGUAUCUUCUAUGUUCCUCAGCGGCCUUAUACAUGCUUGGGAACCCUGAGGGAUCAAAUCAUAUAUCCCCUUUCCCAUGAGGAAGCAGAGAUUAAAGCAUUGAAGUUGUAUGGAGAAGGUAAAAAGCAUGCUGACACCAAAAGUAUGUUGGAUGCACGCUUGAGAGAGAUCCUGGAGAAAGUUCGGUUGAGUUAUCUUCUAGAAAGGGAGAAAAGCAGUUGGGACGCCAAUUUAAACUGGGAAGACAUUCUCUCUCUUGGAGAACAACAGAGACUAGGGAUGGCACGCUUGUUCUUUCAAAAGCCCAAAUUUGGUAUCCUUGACGAAUGCACCAAUGCAACUAGUGUUGAUGUUGAGGAACACCUUUAUGGGCUUGCAAAAGAUAUGGGAAUCACGGUGGUUACUUCCUCACAAGUAAGAUUAUCAUAUAUAUUGGAAAUUCAUCUAGUUAGUUGUGUGUCACUACCUAAUGAUUAACGUCCUGCUCUAAUACCAUUUCAUUCGAUGGAAUUGCGGCUAAUUGAUGGUGAGGGUAACUGGGAGCUUCGUCUGAUCAAGCAGUGAUCAUAUACCGAGGUAUUAUUACUAGAUGGACCCUCUAUGUAUCUGACACAUCUUGUCGUGUCUUGCACAUGCUGGCUGUUUUCAAGCAUAAUUUAGGUGUCUCAAUAAAUGCAAUUCCCCUUUACUCUAUUUAUGUGUUUUCCACAUUUGCCGAGACUAAUUCUGUUCCGUAGGUGGCAAUUGGCAAGCAAACUCUAAUAGCAAUCUGCCAAAAUUGUCGAUGAUAAGUUGGUGCACACAAUCAUUGCAUGAUAUAUGCAGUUGAUAUAAUGAUCAAUCAUGUACAAUCCCCUCCUCUUCCUUUCCCUCUUAGGUAGUGUAUAUUGAUUCACAUGUUAUAGCAAUUGGAUGUAAUAAUUAUAUUUAUUAUUUUUAAUCAACAGGAGAGAGAGAGAGAGAGCUCCUGUUUCUUAGGAUAGUAAAUUUUCGAGAGAGACCUAUAGUUGAACCCGAGGAUUCAAAUCUGUGUGUGUAUUUUCUAGUAUACUAAGGUUAUAUAUGUGGGUCUGUUGGUUAAUGGAAGUGCUACUGAUCAGCAUCAAACGUAGAAAACUGAUCGUUGACAAUUGACAUGCAUCACAGCCAUACUCUCCAGCUUGUGACUUUUGAGCCAUCAUAAGCCGGCCCUUACCUCUUCUUGAUUCGGCGAUUCCGGUGUCUUUAGUGGUUAGUGAGUGAUAAUGAGAGGGAGAAUAAGCUACUUCAAGAAUUGGUUACGGCAUUAACAUGCGUAGGAUCUCAGACGGCCACGGGAAUGUUUGAUUGUUCUUGCUGGAAAGUUACCUAAUAGUGUUUUGUUGUGCAUACCAGAAGCUUUUAGUUUCUACUUUC